CUAUGUGGACCAUCAUAUGGAUUGCUCUCUUCUCGAGAUUUGGUAUGAGUCUGAGCCUGAGAUUUACCAGGGCAAAUGAUCAUCAGUCGGACACGGAAGUUAGCAAGAUCAUGCGGACCCUAGAUGUGAUACCAGAUUUAAUAGAGAUCGGACCCCAGGAGUUUCUCAAUGUUACAUACCACGGUCAUGUAUCAGCACAUGGUGGAAAAUCACUGGAGCCCAUGCAAGUGCGCGAUGAACCCUCCUUAAGAUGGCCCACAGCACCGGAAAACUACUACACCCUGCUCAUGGUAGAUCCGGAUGUACCCAACGUCAUAACGCCCACCCACCGGGAGUUCCUGCACUGGAUGGUGCUCAACAUCCCCGGCAAUCGACUGGCCCUUGGCGAUGUGCGCGCGGGAUACAUGGGAGCCACUCCGCUGGUGGGGACCGGGACCCAUCGGUUCGUGUUCCUGCUCUACAAACAGAGGGACUAUACCAAGUUCAACUUCCCAAAACUGCCCAAGCACUCGGUUAAGGGACGCAGUGGAUUCAACACGAAAGACUUCGCAAGGAAAUAUAAAUUGGGCUAUCCAGUGGCUGGAAACUUCUUCACAGCCAGCUGGAGUGCGGAUGUCCCAGCCCUUAUAAAAGCCAUCUCACAUGGUGCCCGCUUGGCCACGAAGAUGAGAUAA